CUAUAACAGAAUUCAGACUGUGUCAGCUAAUCAUCGUCUUCACAGAUUUGGAGAGAACCGAAUCCAUGGAUUUACAUUUACCUGAAGAAUGCUGGGAGUUGAUCUGUAAAGCUAUCGAUGAAGAUGAUUAUCGAUUCCUGGAAUCGUUUUCACUCGUAUCGACCUUGUUCCUCUCCAUCACCAAUCGCGUUCGCUCUACAUUCGUCAUCACCGAUCGCACUCUUCCUUUACUCGAUCGUCAUCUCCUUCGAUUCCGUAACUUGAGGCGACUCAGGUUCUUCGAUUUCCAUCGCGAUCUCAAUUCGAUUCUUCUCCAGGUUUCCCGUUCCGGUUUAGAUUUCGAAUCCGUCGAUGUGUCCCAAAUGCCGUAUUUCCCAGGUUUUGAGAAAUCGAGGAUGAUGAAGGAAUUGAAAUGUUCUGGAGUUGGGGAUUUUCGAGAUAGCCAUCUGGUUUCCAUCGGAGUGAAUUUCCCGUUUCUACAGAAGCUGGAUAUAAGCUAUCCUAAUUCUAUUCCGAGUCCAGUCUCUGAUGCUGGGCUAAUCAGUCUCUCCUCAAGUGUCAAGGCUCUCUUGAAGAUUAACAUUUCUGGUAAUAGUUUCAUCACUGACAAAUCUUUGAUUGCCCUCUCGCAGAAUUGUCUUCUCUUGAGAGAAAUAAUCUUCCGUGACUGUGAUUUCAUUUCGUCCGAUUGCAUCGAGUUCGUUUUGCGCAAUUCCCGGAACUUGGAGUCUCUUGCGAUCAACGGUAUCGGAUUAAAUCCCAAGGAGUCCUUCUCCAACGAUGCUUUCUUGUUUGCUCGUCGUUUGAUUGAGCUUGAUCUCUCGGGUUCGUUUCUAUCCGAUGAGUUGCUUUACUUGAUUGCUGAUGCCAAGUUACCUCUAAAGAAGCUUCUUCUCUCCGAUUGCCACGGUUUCACUUUUGAUGGGGUGUUGUACUUGUUGGCUAAGUGUCAAACACUGGUUCACUUGAAUCUUGAAGGAGCAAAUUUCCUCUCUGAUGAGAUGAUUAUGGAAUUAGUGAUCUUCUUUCGGCAAUUAACCUUUUUGAACCUUAGUUUCUGUUCCAAGUUAACUGGUCUAGCGUUCUUCAGUAUCAUUCAAAGAUGUGUUUCCCUGAGGUGCAUGAUAAUGGAAGGGACGAAUUUUGGAGUGGAAGACUAUUCCAAGGAAAUGGAUAUCAAGUCGGGGAUCAAGUUUUUGUACCUAUCUAGAAACCACAAUUUGCGCGAUGAGUGCCUCGAGAAGAUAUCACGUCAUUGCCCUUUAUUAGAAAGUCUUGACGUGGCCCAGUGUCCUGGCAUCACUAUAGAUGGGAUUCUUCAAGUUUGGAGGAAUUGUGGCGAGUUAAGAUCUUUGGAUAUCAGCAGAUGCACAUGCAUAAGGAGUCUUGGUGUAGUAGACUUUGAGCUUCCAAAGUUGGAGUCUUUGCGAGCAUGUGGAACUUGGAUUGACGACGAAGCCUUAGAUAUGAUCAGCAAAAGGUGUAGAAGGUUGUUGCAUCUUGAUCUUCAAGGAUGCUUGAAAGUGAGUUCAAGAGGGGUGAGGGAAGUUGUGCAGAGGUGCAUACGUUUAAGAGAGAUAAACCUUAAGUAUUGUGAAGCUGAUGAUGGAAUAUUCACGUGGAUGGUUUUUGCUAAUCCAUCUCUUAGGAAAAUCAUACCGCCAUGUGGGUUUUCUCCAACUAAAAAACUCCACAACUUCUUGCUGCGUCAUGGAUGUGUAAUCUCCCAGGAUUCUUCUGAGUUGCUUUCUAUAGCAUACCGUGCCAAUGGAAGAGAUAAUGACACAUUGACUAAACUGAUGAUUUGAGCCGAUAAAGUUAUUAGGUACUCAUUUGUGAAGAAAUAGGAAUAUGAAUAAUGGUUUGAACGAGAAACAUGGUUAAUCUUAAUUUGGGUUUAUACAGUAUUUCCCCUUUUCCAUGUAUAAAAUUUGACCAGCUAAACGCAGGCUUGCAUUGAUUUUUUUUUUCAGAUGUUCAAACAUUCUCUUAUUGUUUAUCUUUCUAUGAUAGAACAUACAAGUAAAACA